UAUUCCUGUCGGAUUUGGAUUAUACCACCCCCAAAUCCCAAACCCAACCGUGAAAAGGAAAGGGGAAAAGGAGAAGGAGCAGGCUAGGGUUUCUCGACGGCUCUACCGUGCUCUCCGCCAUGGACGCGCAGCGAGCUCUUCUGGACGAGCUCAUGGGCACAGCCCGCAACCUGACGGAGGAGGAGAAGAAAGGGCACAAGGAGGUGAAGUGGGACGAUCCGGACGUGUGCGGCCCCUUCAUGGCCAGGUUCUGCCCCCACGACCUCUUCAUCAACACCAAGAGCAACCUCGGGCCGUGCUCAAGGAUCCAUGACCCGAAGCUCAAGGAGAGCUUUGAGAAGUCUCCCAGGCACGAUAGUUAUGUGCAAAGGUUUGAGGCAGAGCUUGCGCAACAAUGUGAGAAAUUGGUACUGGAUUUGGAUAGAAAAAUAAGGCGUGGUCGGGAAAGGUUGGCCCACGAUACUGCUAUGCCACUACCAAUCCCUGGCAAAAUUACUGAGCAGCUCUCAGCACGAGAAGAACAGAUCAAGAAGCUGUUGGAGCAAAUAGAGGAGCUUGGUGAGGCUGGUAAAGUGGAUGAAGCUGAGGCACUUAUGCGGAAGGUUGACCUUCUAAACGCUGAAAAGACAGCUUUAGCUAACCAAGCGGACAACAAAGCGGCCAUGCUUGAGAAGAAGAUGGAACUUUGUGAAACAUGUGGGUCAUUCUUAGUUGCCGAUGAUGCUCUUGAGAGAACACAAUCCCACGUGACUGGGAAACAGCACAUUGGUUAUGGUAUGGUUAGAGAUUUUCUGACGGAAUACAAGGCCGCAAAAGAAAAGGCAAAAGAGGAAGAGAGGCUUGCCAGGGAGAAGAAAGCAGAGGAACGUAGGAAACAGAGGGAAAAAGAGUACGAUAGUGGGGGCAGGGAUAAUGAUACCAGAAGAGAGAUGUCUGGGGAGCGUGACUAUGACCGCGAUCGUCACUAUGAGCGAAGUCGCGGAAGAGAAAGGUUGUAUGAUCAUAGAGAUAGAGGAUCAGAGUACAGAAGCAAUUCCUACAGAAACGGGAGGGAUUCUGAAAGAGGCGGAUACAGAUAUAGGAGUGGUGAUAUGACAAAUGAAAGAGGGAGAAUGAGGAGCAGAUCACGUUCUCCAAGCAGGCAUGGCUACGGAAGAUCUAGAAGUCCAGAUCAUUAGCUGAUCAUUUAGAUUGUUUUAUUCCCAGUUGGGACUCAUAAGCUCUGUUUGGAACCCUACAGUCUUCCUUUUACAUGGGAAAAAAAAUCUCAGGUAGGUAUCGUUUGUCCUUCACACAUUUUUUUAGUUCUUGAUAUUCUAUAUGUAUGCUCAAGCUUUGUUUCAACAUUUGGAAUUGAAAAUUAUUGUCUAAAAGCUGAAAAUUAGUACCAUAAGACCAGUAUCAGACAUCAUAUUUGGAUGAAGAUUUUACAGCCUAUGACAGGUAAACUUUGGUCAUCAAUGUGUCAUGUUUGCACCAGUUGCUUCUUUUUAUUCAUAGAACUUCGUGAGAAACCAUUUUUGGUUCAGCUUCAUUGUGAUUAGCCUUACAUCCAAGCUCAGCUCGGCCAUGGAUCAGCUUCAUUAUGCUUCGAUUUUAGCCUUACAUCCAAGCUCAGCUCGGCCAUGGAUCAGUCAAUUUCUGGCAAAAUUUAUGCAUGAUGGUGUCUUUUGUAAUUGUAAAUAUUACGAAGUAGUGUUGUCUUUGGAAAGAAAAAUCAGAAGAAAAGAAAAAACAAUGCAGGAUCUAUGCUACUGGAGGUCUGGUUUUAGUUGUCCACAGCCAUACCCUGCUAAAAAGCACAAGGACUAAUGUUCUUGACGGUUCACUGGACCCUGCCUUUUUUGUUGGACAUUGGACUGCCUCAUGUAGGUCUAGUUUAAAUACGGUUGUUUCUGCUGCAAAAUAUUAUCUAACCUGGUGCUCAGUAACUAAUGUGCUAUUGGAGCAAUUGCAAUGUAUUUUAAACAUGUAAUCGCUAAUAGAUGAGCUGUUAAUUUA